CCUGCGCUCAAAAUCGCAAGCCACAGAGGUGUGCCGAAUUAGGACAUUCGUGUAACCUAAUUAUGGAUGCUAUGCAACAUCGUGUUGUCUUUAUUCGCGAAGGGUGUCAUUAAGAGAACUAAAGUACAUGCUAAUAGUCACUCAAUCUGAUUGUACUAGCUAGCUUAAAUGUUUUGGUAUACGUGCUACAACUAUUGAGAGGCUUCCGAUCUCUGGACAGAAAAGCUGCAUGAACGAUUUAUUUUGCAAAGAAUAAAAGGGUGAUCUUUGUCGGCUAGAGCACUGUCAUUACAUGUGAUAAAGUAAAAGUUUGCAUUGAAGGUUCGGGAUUCCGGCUCUCUGUCCGGGUAAAAGAGAGCGCUCGAUAUGGAAAUCGGGAUCCUCCUCUUCAGCGAAUAUCAAAAAUGGGUCGCGUUAGAACCAAGACUGUCAAGAAGGCCUCUCGUGUCUUGAUCGAAAAGUACUACCCUCGCCUUACGUUGGAUUUCCAAACCAACAAGAAGAUCUGCGAUGAGGUUGCCAUCAUUUCGUCCAAGCGUCUCCGCAACAAGAUUGCCGGUUUCACCACUCACUUGAUGAAGCGUAUCUCGCGAGGUCCCGUCCGUGGUAUCUCCUUCAAGUUGCAGGAAGAAGAGCGUGAGCGCCGUGACAACUUUGUCCCCGAACAGUCUGCUUUGGACACCUCUGCCAUUGAGAUUGAUCCUGACACCAAGGACUUGCUCAAGUCGCUUAACUUUGAAGACUUGGCUGGCGUUCAGGUUACGCAGCCCGUUGCUGCUUCGGCUCACACUGACGUGCGUCGUCCCCGCCGUAGCGGUCCCCGUGCACCCCGUCAGGAGGCCAGCAACUAAAGAUUUUUUCUUGUCAAUAUAAUGCGAUGGAUAAAUCUUGUCUAGCAGAUCAUAUGUACACGCGGUUUUGAGAUUAUGCUAUAGUAUGUUGGAGGCUGGAUCUUGGAUAAGUGAUUGUGUUUAGUGAAUGGUGUUUGUAUCAUUUGGCACAAGAAUGAACGUAUGGUUUACAGUGACCUUUUUUUAAAGAAAUACAAUGUGAGGGACGAUUUUGGGAUAUGUUUGAAUCGAUUAAGGAUACAGCAGUCGUUGAAAUGCUCUCUAUUGGUAUGCUAGGUCGCAAUGCCGUUUGCAUGGAAGAAUGAGACACAUCAUAUAUUCAGCUUGUUAGACAUUACCAAAUCAGGGCACACAUUCGUAGGAUCGACUCCGCGCAUCCAGUUUCACGAAUUGAAUUUGGUCGCGUUCUCUGUUGU